CUAAUUGUGGCCCUUACAAGCCUCCAUCUCAGCGCAGAUUCGUGUGGGGCAAGGAUCGUUAUGAUUUCCAUUUAAUUCUUCAAACAAUGGAAAGUUGCACAUCGUGUCCAGGUCAGCUAUAACUAGCCUGAAUGCCCGCUGAUACUAUGGUGUUGCCGCAAACUAUGAUAUCUGGACUUUCGGUGCGCGGCUGUCCUAGAGGUUACAGUGUGUCCACUUAGGAACACUUUAUCAUAUUCGAAAUUCGGGCAAUAUCAAUCUUAUGUCUCUGAGUAAACAAAAGGCAGCGUCGGAACUUAUUGCCGAGGGCGAUGGAGCAGCUACGGCCUCCUCCCGCCGGACUGUCCAGCGUCCCGGAGCCUCGUCCAAAAAGUCCAGCGGUACGCGUAAUGCUGGAGGAGACAACACGGGCGCCAUCGUGAUCUCGUUACUGCUCGCAGCUGCAGCAAUUGCAGCGACCUACUGGGCCACCACCGGCAGCACCCAAACGCGUCCUGCACCCCCUAACACGGCCCUCCGGGAUAUCGCUCGGCAGCUGCUGCAUCCCAGCAAGGGCAUUCUUGCGGCCGAUGAAAGCCCGGCCACCUUUGGGAAGCUACUGGGCAAGGGCGUUCCUAACACGCUCGCUGUACGGCGGCAAUGGCGCCAUGCAGUCCUUUCGGCUCCCGGACUAGAGGACCACAUCUCAGGCCUGAUCCUCCAUGAGGAGACGUUCAUCCACGGUGGCCCGGAUGUUCAGUCGGCAGCCUCUCGCGGCAUAGCUGUGGGUAUCAAGCUGGACGAGGGGACAGUGCCGCUGCAGCCCAAGAAAGCGGGGGAGCGAUCGACACGGGGGCUUGAGGGGCUUGCCGCGCGCUGCACGCGCUUUCGCGAACGCGGCGGUGCCGUAUUUGCAAAAUGGCGUGCCGUAUUCCGCGUGGGUCGCCACACACCCAGCUGCGGCGCCAUCCGCCGCAACGCCGCUGAUCUGGCGGCUUUCGCGGCGGCGGCUCAGACCUGCGGCCUGCUGCCCAUCCUGGAGCCCGAGGUGCUGGCGGAAGGAGAUCACGACCUGCAGCGCGCCGCAGCGGCAGCAGCACGGGUUCUUCGUGGUGUGUUUCGUGCGCUACGGCGUCAGCCCGACGUGGAUCCCGGGGGCUUGCUGCUCAAGGUGGCGUUUGUGACUCCUGGUCAGCAGGCUGCCGUACAGGCAGAGCCGGACCAGGUCGCCAACGCCACGCUACGCGUAUUGCUACGGACCGUCCCACGGGUCGUUCCCGGUAUCGUGUUCCUGUCCGGCGGCCAGGGUGAGGCGGCCACGACCGCCAACCUGCUGGCAAUUAGCCGGCUGGCUCAGGAGCGGAUGCUGGCAGGGAAGCAACCCCUGCCCUGGGCGCUGUCAUUUUCGUUCGGUCGAGCACUGCAGAGCUCAGCGCUAAUAGCCUGGCAGCGGGGCGACGUGGCAGAGGCUCAAGCGCUGCUCAAAACACGAGCGGAGGUCAACGCGAUGGCGCAGCAGGGCCAACAGAAGGUUGUCGUUGGGACGUUGACCGAGGCCUUCUCCCCCGCACCGCCGCCGGGAGGCGGGUUGACUGGCAGAGUCGGGGACUCGGGGUCGCGGGGCGGGUAGGCGGAGUGUGCUGCAUGUCCGCUGCGGGGGAGUACUGUCUUGUGGCGAGAUGGAUUGUCGGAUGAAAUCGGAUAACAGACAAGCUUGCUGCUUCGUGGGGGAGGGGCCACGUAUUUUGGCUUGUAGGGAGAUUCGUGUUUGACUGGCAUGCUCGCCCAGGUUAUGCGCGCGCUGAGACGUGCUAUCAAGUGUGGACCGGCUGUUGGAGGAUUUUGUUGUCGGUACCCACGCCGAAGGCCUGCCGGUGGGAAGGGGACAGGAGAACGCGAUGGCCAUGCUGAAUGACGCUUUGCAUAGAUGGAUUAUGUAUGUUUGACGGCAAGUACGCACCAUGUCCGCGGUCUCCAUGACGCAGUAACCGAUGACGAUGCCAGCAACAAUGCCCAGGACAACCUGCGCGGCAGAGGCAUCGAGUAGCUCUGCAGCGGCAGUUGCGAGCAAGCGGAGUGAAGCAACUCCUUGGCGCACCAUGAGAAUCUUCUCCAGGAUAGAAACGCCCAAUGACUGGGAUGCUUUGCCCAUUGUCCGAUCAACGCUUAAUGCGGUUGUAAUUUAAGUCG